CAGCGAAAUGAUCUCAAAAUAAUAACGGAUUAGAAACACACAUUUAAAAAAAUAUUUCAAACUAGAAAAACGAGUAACUGACUUAGAAUAAACAAAAAACCUUACAUAUACCUAAUCUUUUUUCAAAGUUUAUAUAUAUUUCAUUUCAAAUUUCUAAUCAAAAAUGAAGCAAGGCUUAGCAAUAUUGGUUAUGUUUGAGUGCGUUAACUUUCGACAAAUACUCUCAGUUUUGGACGGUGGUUCGGCUUCGGAUUCAAGAUGGAAAUUGCUACAAAAAGAAGCAUGUUAUAAAGGCAAGAAUGAUUUUCCUGCAAAAGUUGAAAUAAACCAAUACGGUGCUUUGGUUGCCGUAAAGCUGGUAUAUAUAAGUGGUCGAAUGAAAUGCGCUAAUUCGUUUAUUGGAAGCUACUUUGGUUGUUUCUCUGAUCAAACACUGUUUAACCUUGCAAUCACUGAUGAAAAUAAAAUUGUUCUCUUCCCCCCUCCCAACCACGCUAUUACCUACAUAGAUUCCUCAAAAAACUACAGGUACCCAGGUUAUUUACCAACUGAUAAAGAGGUUGUUUUUACUAACUAUGCCUACCCAACAUAUUUUAAAUCAGGAGACUACAUUUCCAUUUGGAAUUAUGAAGAUCUUCUUGACUAUGGGGAUACUGAUAACUUUGGAGAAGUUUGUAUGGAUGUUUAUGGUGCAUUUGUUUAGUUCGAAAGAGUUUUGAUUUUACUUAAACAACGAUAAGUAGUUUUUAGCCUUUCCUAAAAUUAAUGACCCAUGUAGUUAAAAAUAAAAUUAUACAUUUUUUGAUCUUGUUGAGUUUUUUUUUAAUUUAUUUUAAUUUAUUUUAAUGUAUUUUUAAUUUAAUUUAAUGUAUUUUUGGCUAAGUGAUUGUGUAAAGACUAAUUUAACAAUAAAGCUUUCCGUUAA